AGCUGUUGAGUACGUUCAACGUCGGCUCCAUCUUGGAUAUUCCAGCGCAAACGAUUCAUAUAUCAUGAUGUUCACUGUUAUUGCCCGCCGUGUCCCACUUACCCGGCUCGUCCUCUCAAGGGGUUACACCUCAAGUGUCAGAGAAGGCAGUGUUGCUCAGAGCAAGGGGUUCUCCAAAAAGGAGAAAGCUCAUGAAGACGAGUACGCUCGUAGGCACGAGGCGGAGCUGCUGCGUAAGCUGAAAACUGAGAUUGAGGCGAAGAAGGAGGAACUUGCCAGGCUGCAGGAGAAGCAUGACGAGGUCAACUCAAAGCAGUAAACAGUAGUGCAAUGAUGUCAAUAUUAAUGGAUUGCAAAGGUUCAACGUUCAGUGCAACGCUGAUCAUGUCUGAGUUUUCGCCGAACACACAAUGUUGUUUCCUCUGCUCUUGUAACUACGCUAGUUUUCUGCUAGUAGCGUUCUUGAUGCAUAAAUGUGCAAAUGUUGCGAGCAAGAGUAAUUGUGAA